AUGAAGAAGACGGGAGAGGAGCCUGAUGCGAGGGAUCUGUGGUUCGCAAAGUGUAUGGCAGCCAGGAAAUUGAAGGAGGCCAAGAACAGAACGAAUGAAGAUAGACAGAGGGACGAAGUGAUCAGGAAAGAGGGUGCAUUGAUGGCAAAAGGGAUCGAGGCAGCGAGGGCGAAAGGGUUUAGCGGCGAGGUACGGGUUGACACCAAUGGAAAGCCACCCAAAACCCAUAGCCAAGACGCUACCAAGCGUCAAAAGCUAUCCAAGCUGCCCCCGCAACAAGAUAGUCAACCCGCAGGUGCAAUGAACGGAAGAUAUGAUCGGAAAGACCAAGGGGAUGGAUCCCUGAGAAGCCACGGUGAGCAUUUCCAACCAGAUGAGGACGCGCUACACGAAGCACCUUCACUCCAUGGACAGUUCGCAGGCAUCGGUGGAGAUGACGGUUUGCUGGAAGAACUCCCUGAUGACCCCAAAGGUACCUCUUUCGACGACUUGCGAACUCUACACCUUGAGAAGGAUCAACUAUACCAAGCGCAAGAAGACUACUACCAUGCUUUGAGACUGCAGAUACUGGCAAGAUACCGAAGAAUGCACAUGAGCUAUUCGAGUGCUGUGCGCGUCGUAGAGAGCAGGAUCGAUAGUGAUCGGAAUGGCGAAGUAAUCAAUUCAAGAGGCAAUGGAAUUGCAAACAGGAAGAGAAAAGUAGACACCAGUGCUGCGGAAAAAAGGCGGCGCCGCGCCCCAGGCCGACAUCGUCAACUAAACGAAGCAGUCGAUGAGGCUUACGACGAACAUCAGUCCGACAUCGAAGACCGUAUCAGCUUCUACAGCUUCGGCUUUGCACCGGAAGACGAACAUUUGACGAGGGAGGAAGAGAUCCAGUUGCUGCCUUUCGACAUCGACAUAGCCGAGAUCCACGCGAAACGAUACCAACUACGAGAUCGCUUCCCUGGUGGGUACAAAAACUCCGACAUCUCGCUUAUAGCGAGUGGUAGAGCCUUCUAUGCGGCUCGCCGGCUGAAGCUGUUGAAGAUGAGACAAGAUGCUGCGGCCGAGAGUGCUCAAGUCGAGGCUGAGAGUCAGUAG